AGUGGGAUGUGCUCGGAUAAAAUGAGACGAAUGCAUGUCGAAUAACUGCAGGUUUCGCUUUUUUUAAGUGUAUAACUAUAAUGCGACUUUUAAGUUCUCACGUAUCCCAUGUGAUAUAGUGUGAAUGCAGUGAUGUAAUUCGCCAGCCCUGCAAAGCUCCCCUCCUGAGACAAUACUAUGCCUCUGGAUGAGGGUCCUGCACCCACUGCUGAAGAUGCAGACAGGGAGCAUACUGACAUGGCCAGUAGGCCCAGCAGUGUGGAACAGCCUGUUGCUGGUCCCUCAAACACCUCCCAGCGACAGGGUUUCUGCAGUUACUGUCAGGUUCUUUACAACAGUGUCGAGCAGCACAUCGCCAGCUCAGGGCACAAGGAGGUGGUGCAACGUGCAGCAAGAGCAAAUGUGUCCCCUGGAGGCUUGAUGGAAAGAUUUCUCAGAGAUGUUCUUCAGCAUCAUCCCCACUGCUACAAUGACACACGGCCCACCCAUGCUGACCUACCAUUCCUGAGCACCCUGCCCAUCCCAAAAGAAGAGUUAUCUGAGCUGCACUGUGGAUCAGAGCAUGAUGGGCUCUCUGUUGGGACUCGAGAGGACAUGCCCAGCUCUGAUGAUGAAUCCUGUCAAAUUGUGCAGGCAGAAGCCACCUCUUACAGGAGUACACAUCAGCAACAAGCAGGCACUUCUGCAGCUGGGCCAAUGGAUUUUGUUUCAGAAACACAUUCAAGAACUAGUAUUAAAUCAGGAAAAGUAAAAAAUGAACCACCUGUUCCUGAAAAGUAUUCCCCCACACAGGGGUUCUUUCAUAGGACUAGUGGUGAUUCAGCUGUAGACAAACAACACACAUCACAACAGUUAACACAGACUCCACAAACCCAACCCUGUGAACAACCAGGCAGCUCACAUACUCUUCUUGUAACCCAACAUGGAUCUUCUCAUGUUCAGCACAGGAAAGCACACAGAAAAACCAACAGGCACAGAAAAAACAGUAAUUCAAGUCUAGGAUCUCCUGCUUCACCAGCCACAAAGUGCAUUACCUCAAAAGCUCCUCAUGGCCAAUCACAGCCAGCACUCGCUGAACCUGUAGUGGAGUUCUCUGUGCUACCAUCCAGGAAGGAUUCACAAAGGGAAUGGAUGUAUAGUAAUGAAUCAGACCAAAUAUGUAAAGUGAUUGAGGAGGUUAUUGAGAGGCAUUGUUAUGGCCGCAGUCCAAAAUCUAACCAACCGGAGGAGGAGAGCGUUUUUCACUUUAGUCUGCGCUCAAGAAGUGAGUCAAAGGAUAGCGAAGAAUGGGACAAUGCCUUGCAAAUAACUGAGAAGAAACCUACAACUGAGGAGAAACAUCUAGCAGGUCUCAGGCAAAUACAUAUAAACCUCGAAGAUGAAGGGUACAAAUCCCAGCUGGACACAGCUCUGAACACUGUUUUAGAAGGUGAACAGGCAGAACCAAAGGAAGUCAAGGAGAGCAAAGUUGAGGAAAUUAUUCCAGAUCUUCCUCACAUCCCUCCUUCUUUUGUUGGAAAGACAUGGACACAGGUUAUGUUUGAGGACGAUUUAAAAAUAGAGCAGAUGGUGAAAGAGUUUCGACAGGGCCAGUUCCGUUGCUAUUUUGACAGCGAGUCCCUGGCUAAGUUUGGUAAACGUUGCCGGAAAGGAAAAAGGACCAAGAAACGAGAGAAAAUCGUUGAUGACAUUGAGUUUAAAGAUGUUUUGCCACUUGCAGAGCACUACGAAGAGGAUGAAAAACGUUUACCAGUAUUUAGAAAGACAAGGCAUAAAAUAUAUAGGAUGGCUUCUCGCUGCCAAGUGGUGAAGGUCAGCCAUGGAACACAAACUGCACCCCUGAGCUACCCUGUGGUUCGGAGACAAACCUUGACUGAAGCUAGGAGCUUGCACACCAAACCUCAUUUUCAAAAGGACCGGAGUCCUGAAAGGACCCCAGAUAUGACAACUAGACUGUGUGCACUCAAGCUUCCUGCAUCAUACUGUAAGAUCAUGAGUCCUGUACAGCCCAAAACUGUGGUCUACGUCCUUUCUUCUCCAGAUGCUGGGCAGGGCACCUUGAAGCCAGCUCUAAUUAAAAGAAUUGGCAGAAAACGGAAGUCAAACGAUGAGGAAUGUACACCUAAAUACAAGUACAAGAAGACCCCUCUUAAGUAUUAUGAUCCACUGACAAACAGAAUCCUCAAGACCCCACCAAGAAGCACGCCCUCUACCCCCAUGACCAAAUCACUCUCCCAUGUUCGACAGUUAUUUCGCAGUCUUAGUCCAGACAUCAACAAGGAAUUCCCUGGUUCAGUGCAGGGACGGUCACCCAGAGGCUCUAAGAAGGACAGUAGUGUCAUGGCCGAUCUUUGUCCAUCUACUUCUGGCUCCUGUCUGAACAGCAGUGGUCCGUCUGAGCCCGGCUCUUCCCAGUCCAGCAGCCGGAGGGCUCUGUUCAGCCAUUCCUCCAUCUCCACUAGCAGCUAUUUCUUUGGGCACAUAAGGUCAUCUGCUUCUCAUAGCUCCUCAAAGGCAAAGGCGUCCUCCUAUGCAGGUAGUUCUCUCAAAGUUGAAGGGACUAUGCAAGCAGAGGACCAUGCUCAAGCACACAAGGACCAACCUCCAGUCAGGCGUCGCAAACAGAGUCCAAGAGUCACAGAAAAAACUCUGACUCCUGCGAAGAAGCCAUCAGCACCACCAUACAGGACCAAAAGAAAGUCAGCCAAAGCUAGAGCAAAGUCAGGGAACAUUCUUCAACAGCGUUUAAGCACCCGUAUAGCUGCGGGGUGUAGAGUGUCUCCACGGAAUAAGACUCCAACCAGGGCUUCAGCAAGAUCAAGUUCCUAUACAUUGGAUACGUAGCUCCGUGCUGGACUUCUGGACUCACUACCUAUUGUAGGUUUCACUAUAGGGCUCUGUGCAAUUAAGUCCAUAACAAAACAGGGCUGGCAUAGACAGUAAAUAAAUUCAAUAAAACCAGCGUAUUAGCCUAGCCUAUUUUGCAUUACCUAAAGACAUGUGGGCAGAGAGCCCAUUCUGAUCUCUGUUUAUCAAAUUCUGUAUAAUUUUGCACAGUUGGGUUUUUAGGUACAUUUUGUGUUCAUUUUGUCUGUAUUUCUUGUUUUUAGUCAAAUUGUGCAUUUUUAAGGGUUAUGGGGAAAUAUUUGUAUGUUUUUAUAGACAUUUUUAUCUUAUGGUUAAAUAUGUAACUUGCAUAAUAAAGUUUUUAUUUAAAAUUAAA